AUGGUGGCCGGGAAGAUCUUCGGUCUCCUGCUGGCGUCCCUGCUCCUGGCAGUGGUGCUAGGAGAGAAGGCGGAGGGUCACUCCAGAGGCCACGCUAAGGUCAGUGGCUCCCGACCUCGAGGCCCCAGGUAUGCUGAGGGGACCUUCAUCAGUGACUACAGUAUCGCCAUGGACAAGGUCCGCCAACAAGACUUUGUGAACUGGCUGCUGGCGCAGAAGGGGAAGAAGAACAACUGGAAACACAACAUCACCCAGAGGGAGGCCGCUGGGGCCCUGGAGCUGGCCCAUCAAUCUAACAGGAAGGAGGAGGCGAGGGAGCAGCAGGGCUCUCUACCCAGGAAGGCCAGUGAUGAAGAUUUGCUCAAGGAUUUACUGAUUCGAGAGCUGCUGGCCUGGAUGGUGGAUCAGAUGGAAGUCAGCAGGCUCAGAUUUCAGUGA